UUCAGACUUUUUCUUUGGAUUCGAUGAUAACAACUCGGAUUCAAGUUCCACAUACUGAUUCACCUUUCUCUCUCACACAUUCAGCAGUAAAAGACUCCGGCGACAGAGAAGAACAAUUAGAUACUACCAGAGAAAAUUCAUUCAUUCUCUCUGUGCUUUCCUUUCACCAAAAUAUUUAUAGUACUAAUUUGUUCAAUUUCUGGAGGAAGGAUCAUACGAAUUGUCUGAAUUGAUUAAACCCUAGCGCGACGGCGAGCUUUGUGUAUUGUGAACGCUGAAUUCACGGUUGACGUCGGGGAUGGCGAUUGCGACGCCGUCGAUUUCUUCGUAUUGCUGUGGAGUUCUGCUUCCUCGUCGAUCCACAUUUCGAUUAUUUUGUAGUACUUGAAAUUAUUUGUGAUUGAUUUUUUUCCGGUGUCGGAGUUGAUUUACUGCGGCAGAGAUGAUGGCGAAGGGCGCUUGGUGGUGGGAGAAGGUGAGGAGAGGAGUGAGGACGGUUUAUUUCAUGGUGGCGAUGGUUUCGUCGCUGGUGGUGGUGGCGUUGCCGGUGGUGGUAGCGAUCGUCGACGCCGUUUUGCCUUGCUUGUUAGUUUCUAGCUUUACGUGCGUGAAUUGCUAUGGUUUUACGGAACAUUUGCAUAGAUACGCCUUCAAGAGCUCGCUUGUGGAUAUUCCUCUUGUUUCCAUUAUCAGAUCUCUCGUUAUCAUCUGUGUAUAUACAAUGUGCGAUGGCCCAGCACUAUCACACGGUCCCUAUCUAGGAACUGUAACAAUCUGCUCAAUAGUUUCGAUACUUGUUCUUUCCAUCAAGGCUUGUGUAUUCACUGUUCAUUCUCAACUUGAGGGUGAAGCAUCAGUUUCUCUUUCGAGGAAGAGGAUACACCUGAAGAAAUCUUGGGGAAUGCCUGUGCUGUUUCUCUCAUCUGUUGUAUUUGCUCUGGGCCACAUUGUUGUGGCAUACCGUACAAGUUGCAAAGCUAGAAGGAAAUUCAGUUUUCACCGUGACCCAGAGGCGGUGCUUUGUUGCAAAACGAUUUUCUCUGGUUACCAGAAGGUUCCACGAUCACCCACUCCUGAAGGGAAAUCUUUCCGAAGUGAGAGUGCCAUGAGGAGAAAAGCACCAGGAUUGGUGCAGGAUGAUGGGGAACUUCCAGUCAGUUUACUUGCUGACAAGGACAGUUUAUUCCUUUCUUGUCUUGGGCUAACGGUUCAUUACAAGAUACACAUGCCGGGAUCACCUUCACGCUCUUUGUCCUCCACUACACUUUUUGAUGCACCGUCAUUGAGGAUUCCUCUGAAGACCCAGUAUGGUCUGCAUAGGAGUAUCAGUAAUCAGUUCUAUAGUAACGUUUCCCCGCUUGAUACUCCCCUCCUGGCGAGCACUCCAACAUCCCCAAUAUCUGAGGAUAUGCCUGUUUUGAGCUUGCAUGAGUCUUUUGAGAAGAAUGAACUCAGUAAUCUAGGGUCUCCAAUGAUGGAAAGAAAUGGGGAUGCAAUCGAACAUUGUGGGAUUGUUCUAGUCCAUGGAUUUGGAGGUGGGGUCUUCUCUUGGAGAAAGGUAAUGAGCGUUCUUGCCGGACAAACUGGUUGUCCUGUUGCUGCUUUUGAUAGACCUGGAUGGGGUUUGACGUCAAGGCCACGGAAGAAGGAUUGGGAGGAAAAUCAAUUGCCUAAUCCUUACAAGUUCGACAGUCAGGUGGAUCUGCUACUUUCAUUUUGUAUGGAGAUGUUUUCAUCAGUCGUUCUAAUUGGCCACGAUGAUGGAGGAUUACUUGCACUGAAAGCUGUGCAGAAACUUCGGUCAUCAGCAAAUCCUGUUAAUCUGGAGAUUAAGGGGGUCAUAUUGCUUAAUGUAAGUUUGUCGAGAGAACUGGUUCCUGCCUUUGCCAGAAUACUAUUACGCACUUCUCUAGGAAAAAAACACAUGGUGCGUCCUCUUCUACGAACAGAAAUAACUCAAGUGGUGAAUCGGCGAGCUUGGUAUGAUGCCACCAAACUAACCACUGAAGUCUUGAGCCUAUAUAAGACCCCAUUACACGUGGAAGGUUGGGACCAGGCCCUUCAUGAAAUUGGUAAACUAUCAUACGAAACAGUCUUACAACCUCAAACUGCAGCAUUAAUGCUCAACGCGGUUGAGGCGCUGCCAGUGUUGGUUAUUGCAGGGGCAGAAGAUGCCCUUGUCCCUUUAAAGUCUGUUCAGACUUUGGCUUCAAAACUAUUAAAUUCUAGAAUGGUGUCCAUAUCGGGUUGUGGCCAUCUUCCGCACGAGGAAUGUCCGAAGGCGUUACUCGCGACCAUAUCUCCAUUCAUUAGUAAGCUUUUACUAAGACCAGAAUUGCAAAGGCAAUAGGUUGCUUGAUCAUAAUUCAUGUAGUUGCUAGGUAGCUUUGUGUUUUCAUCCCCCAUUAUGUUGUAAAUUUUCUCCAAGAGGAAGAAGCCCAAGUCCUGCUCUCCUUUUGGUUGUGCUUUUGAUCUGUUUGUUGAAAUUUAUUUGUGUUUUUCACCGAUUUAUUUCUUUUUUUAUGUAUAUUUAUUUUUUUGUUGGAAAUGAGUUUUGUAAGACUUGGAUGAAUGGAGAAUGAGUAAUUUAAAGGAAAAAUGGACUCGGUUGUUUGUUUUCAA